AUGUUAAUAGUAAUAUUAAUUAAAUUUAUUUUAAUUCAUUUACCUAAUGCAUUAGUGAUAUUUGUAUAUACAUUAACAUUAAUACAAAAUAGAAUAUAUGAAUUGACUACUAAUUAUAAUGAUAUUAUAAGUAGUUCUACGAGUAAUAUCAAAGAAACUAUAACCAUUUUCAAAAAUACAAAUCAAUCAAUAUUAUUACCUUAUACAGUAAUGAAAUAUGUAAAUCAAUUACAUAAUACAAAUACAAUGAUCUAUAUUGAUGAAGGACCUACAAAUGUAUUAUGGAUAAGAAUUGUAAUCAUCUGUAAUCUUUUAAUAUUAUGUUCAUAUUUAUUAAAUUUUUUAAUAUUUUGGACAAUGUCAACACCAUUUCGAACACAAUUUCUAAAUUUAUUUCGAUGUAAAUCAUGGAGAAAUGAUAAUGUUAAUGCUUAA